AUGGAUGUUCUGCUGGUCUGCGGGCGCCGGGGGCGGGGAAAGACUCGCUCAGCUCGGCGCUGGCCCCGCCCGCGACCCGGCGGGAGCCCGGGGCCGCCCCCUUCCUCCCUCACUGGCGCUGUGCUGAGUCCCGAGUCGAGAAACCUCGCAGGCUCUGAGCUCCCUGUCUGGGUUUUGGGUGGCUGCAGCCUGAGGAGGAACAUGGCGCUCGUAGGCAACGGAGCAGAGCUGGAGGCGGACGAGGACAUCUUUGAAGAUGCAUUGGAAACCAUCUCUAUGUUUUCUCGCACAGAUAUGGCAGCAAGCAGCCAACCCUUUGCAUCACUUGACACAAAACAGUCCACUGGACGGCACGGAUCAUCUAACGUGAACAGGUCAACAUCAGUGAAGGUGGAUCUCAAGUGUGGCCUAGAAGAAUGUUCAGUGGCAUUGAACUUAUUUCUGAGUAACAAAUUCACGGAUGCCUUAGAGUUGCUUCGACCAUGGGCUAAGGAGAGUAUGUACCAUGCCUUGGGCUACAGUACUAUUGUGGUGUUGCAGGCCGUCCUGACCUUCGAGCAACAGGACAUCCAAAAUGGCAUUUCUGCCAUGAAGGAUGCAUUACAGACCUGCCAAAAAUACAGGAAAAAAUGCACAGUUGUGGAAUCGUUCUCAAGUCUUCUUUCUAGGGGCUCAUUGGAGCAGCUGACUGAAGAGGAAAUGCAUGCCGAAAUCUGUUAUGCCGAGUGUCUCCUACAGAAAGCAGCACUCACGUUUGUGCAGGAUGAAAAUAUGAUCAACUUCAUCAAAGGUGGACUCAAAAUUAGGACAAGUUACCAAAUAUAUAAAGAAUGUCUUUCUAUCCUGCAUGUAAUUCAGAAGAACAAAGUUGAGCAGCAGUUCUUCUAUGAGUUUGAAGGGGGUGUCAAGCUUGGAAUAGGUGCCUUUAAUUUGAUGCUCUCCCUUUUACCAGCACGGAUUAUCAGACUACUAGAAUUUAUAGGAUUUUCUGGAAACAGGGAGUUGGGGCUCCUGCAGUUACAGGAAGGCGCAUCAGGAAGAAGCAUGCGGUCCCCACUGUGCUGCUUAACUAUUCUAGCUUUCCACACUUAUAUCUCCCUGAUACUUGGUACAGGAGAAGUGAAUGUUCUGGAAGCAGAGAGUCUCCUUGCACCCUUCCUCCAGCAGUUUCCAAAUGGCUCCCUCAUGUUGUUUUAUCAUGCCCGGAUAGAGCUGCUGAAGGGAAAUGUGGAAGAGGCACAAGAGAUACUUCGAAAAUGCAUUUCAGUUCAAGAAGAAUGGAAACAGUUUCACCAUCUCUGUUACUGGGAGCUGAUGUGGAUUUAUGUGUUUCAACAAAACUGGAUGGAGGCAUAUUACUAUUCCGAUCUGCUUUGCAAAGAAAGUAAAUGGUCCAAGGCAACAUACGUAUUCUUGAAAGCUGCAAUUUUGAGUAUGCUUCCAGAGGAGGAUGUCGUAGCAACUAAAGAGGAUAUAGUAAUCUUAUUCAGACAGGUGGAGAGCCUGAAGCAGAGAAUUGCGGGGAAAUCCAUCCCCACCGAGAAGUUUGCUGUGAGGAAGUCUCGACGUUACUCCUCUUCGUUGCCUGCACCUGUGAAGCUCGUCUUGCCCGCCCUGGAAAUGAUGUAUGUCUGGAAUGGUUUUCCAAUAGUGAGCAAGAGAAAAGACCUUUCUGAAAAUCUGUUGGUAACUGUUGAAAAGGCGGAGGCCGCUUUACAAAAUGAAAGCUUGAGCGACUACUCUGUGGACGACGAGUGCCUGGUGAAGCUGCUGAAAGGGUGCUGCCUGAAGAACUUGCAGCGGCCCUUGCAGGCGGAGCUGUGCUUCAACCACGUCGUCCAAAGUGAAAAGCUACUGAAGUAUGACCACUACCUAGUGCCAUUUACUCUGUUUGAGUUGGCCUUUUUGUACAAAAGCCAAGGGGAAAUUGACAAGGCCAUAAAGACCCUAGAAACUGCAAGAAACAACUACAAAGAUUACUCCAUGGAGUCCAGACUACACUUUCGAAUUCAGGCAGCUCUUCACCUGUGGAAAACAACUUCCUCAGAUUGAUCAGAACACGAAGGAUGGAAUUUUCCCUCAGCACCGGCAUCUGCUGUAGAUCAGGCCUUUCAUUAAAGUGGAAAAGUGAUCUUGCGAAUGAGAGACAAAAAACUAAUUUUAUUGUCAAUAUUUUCUAUCAUCUCUGUGGUUUACUGUUGACCUGUGUCUGUGUGGUUUUUUUUUUUUCCUAUGAAACGAUGUUCAAUAUCGAGUACUGUCCAGAAAAUUCUUACAUUUUGCCUCUCCGAAAAGAAUUUCAUAUUAGAUUUGAAUUGGAGAGUGAAGAAGUCUUUUAAGGGACUCACAAAAUAAUGAAGUCUAAUUAGAUUAUUUAUUUUUUUAAUGUGGUAAUUAAUGUUUAAGUAGCAAAUGGCUUAUAAGUUGAGCCAUUUUUAGGUUUGUUGGUCAGAGAUAUUUUGUUGCCUAGUAUUUAAAUGUAAGAGGGGAAAUAAAAAUCACCUACAUUCAAAAAAGAUUAACAAUAACCUGAAGUGUCCUGCAUAAGACAAGCAGUGGGUGUGAAUAGGGACAGGAUAAUGUCCUUAAUAGGAUGAAGGGAACUAUAUCUAGAAAAGAUGGUGACAUAUUAGGUUUUGUUUUGUUUUGUUUUUUAUUCUUCAUGUAUGUUAAAGGUAGUGACAUUUUUGAGAGACUACCCUUUUUUUUUGAAUGUACUUAAGUCUGUUAUAAUAACGAAAUUCAAAAAACUAAAGGGAAGAAAAGUCAUAUUUUAGAAAUUAUCCUCAACCUUAGCAAUGAGAGUCUACAAUACAUAUGUUGGUUAUUUUUGUCUAUAGGAAGUAAAUUUCCUGCUGCUUUAAACGAUAUGUAAAAUAUCAAUAAUUUUUAUACUCGUGAUGUUGGUGAGUGAGAUCUAAUUUUCUAAUCUCCCUAGCACUGUGAUGGUUCCUUGUAAAUAUCCGGACUGUGCUUCGUCCUUGAACUAGGAAACACAAUCAGGACAGGAUGCAGCGGAGAGCCUGGCUCUGCUACUGAUUAGCAGUCAUUGGGGUGACCUUUAGGGAGCCCCCUGCUCUCUGUAUCAGUGUAUUUUCCUCAUCUGUGAAAUGGAAAAAGAACAGAUGUCUUUCUAGGUCUCUUUCAGUUUUAUAACGGUCAGUCUGUGUAUUAGGUAUUUUCAGCAAACGAUGUCAAACUGUUCAGCCCAAACGAUUUCCACAAAGUGUGUGUCUUAUUUUGCAGUCAUCACUGUCUGCCCCCACUUCCGCCAUUUGUAUGUACUGGGGCUAAUGACAAGAUGGCAUCCAGGGCGAGGAAAGACAAUUCAUGGAUCCAUAGAUCGGGGUUUUGUCCUAUUUCUAUUCUGUGUUGAAGAAUAACUUACAUGGAAGCUGGAAGCCUCUGCAGUUUAACAGAAACAGCCCCAGAUUGGGAGUCAGGAGCCCGUCUCUGUUAGUCCGUUGUUCCUUGACAUGGAUCAAGUCUCAUCCUUUCUGGGACUCAGUCUCCCCAGUGGGGAUAGCAGCGCAGUGCUUGGUGCUUGUGAUGGCUCAAUUAGAUAAUGCAUAUGAUGGCUUUUUGUAAACUGUGAGAGGCUAUGGGUUGCUGUAAUAAUUCUGAUUUUUAUGCACUGAUUACAAUAUCAACACAAAAGUAUUGGCUGAGUUUGUGGUCUCUGAUGUAAAAUGAAAGAAAUGUGUGAAAUUCAGACACCUUUAAAUUUAUUCAUGUGUCUGGCAUAACCCAGAUUAUGAACUUGCUCGUUACUGUUUGUUUCCUGAUACGUAAUUCUGUACCUAGCAGGUAUUUGGUCUUGUUUUCUUAUAAGGUACUAAUUCUUGACCAAUGCUGAGGCUAUCUUUCCGACGGAAAAUGAUUAAUAUAACUUGAGUCAGAGUACUAGCCCUUCAGAUAGCAUGUUGGUAGCUAUCAUGUGUUAUUAAUAUGAAUUACAUAGCUUUACUUGAGGUCCAGGCAAGAGGAAAUGGAAUGAACUGCUAUUACAAUGUCAGCAGUGGAAAAUAUGUUUAAUAAUUAUUUUGUAUAUAACUUGAGAAGUAGUUUAUAAAUCCCUUUGAAGAGCUUUGGUAGCAUUAUUUUUUUAAAGUAUAAACUCCCAUAUUAUAUUGUUUUUGUGAGAAGCUGCAGGUCACAGCCAAUGUCAGUGAAGACUUCUCUUUCUGGUGUAAUAUAAAAAAAAUAUAAGUUAAUAUUGGUUAUUUUUAUUUUAUUUUAAUUCUUCACUGCCAAACAACUGUAAAAGAAAUUCCUAGCUCCUGUUAAAAUUUUUUCCCUUAUUUUUUUUCUUAUUUUGUUUUUAUUUUUCCUUCCUAUUCUUUUUAUGGUUAUCUGGUAAUGUGGAUAGUGUAUCCAAUGAAUGUUUAAGUGUUGUACUAUCAUUAAUGCUACAAAUAUUUACCUGUUUCCUGUCCUGUUUAAGAUGCCAUGGUGGCCUCGGUUUCAUGUUACAUCAGCUAAUACUGCAUUUUUGGAGUUA